AUGGGCGAAAAGAAAGUUAUAAUUGAAGAGGCCAAUAAUGGUGCCGUGUACAAGGAAACAACAAAACCUAAGAAACCAAAAAGGCGCAACAAAUGUGAUUUAGGUCCUAAUUUUAUAGCUCCAGACGGUGGAUGGGGCUGGGUGAUUUGUAUAGCAUCCGGUUUAUGUAAUCUGUCAUUGUUCCCGCCGAUGCAACAGUAUGGUCUCGUCUACAGACAACGAAUGGCCAAAUUUGGAUUUGAUGCUAAGCAGAUUACAACAAUUGUCAAUGCAAUGAUGGCGCUGUCUUCGUUGAUUGGCCUGGUAAACGGUGCCAUGUUCCGCAGAUUCACUUUUCGGCAGGUGGGCUUAGUCGGCAGUGCCAUGGCUUUCACGGGCAUUUUAUUAUCGGCGUUUUGUGAGACAUUCGUUCAAUACAUUAUCUGCUUGUCGACAAUUUACGGGAUUGGUAUGGGUUUCUGUAUGGCCUCAAACGCUUUGGCUGUAAACACAUAUUUCAAAAAUAAACGCAGAAAAGCUACCGGUUUUACGUGGACUCUGACCGGUUUGGGCCCCAUCAUAUUUCCUCACGUGUCCAUGUUGUUGUUAUCCCAUUAUGGACCUCAGGGUACAAUAUUGGUAUUUGCCGGUAUUGCACUGAAUGGAAUCGUAUGUGCCCUGACUCUGCAACCGGUCCAGAGGCAUGCACCCAAACCCGAGCAGGAAAAUGUGAAGGAAUCCAAUGAAAUAGAUUUAUUCGAGUGUGAUUAUUGCCAAAGUCAAAAGAAGGAAAGGCGUGGCAUCUUCAGCGGCGAAUAUCUCUUCAAUGAAGAUGAUCCCGAAACACCUGGGUAUGAAAUUAUUGAACCAGGUACACCAAUGAUAGCACGGGCCAACGAUGGUUGGUAUGGUUCGAAACUGUCGCUGGCGACAGCACCUCGCUACCGAUCAACACGACUACUGAAGCAGCUUUCGAAGCAGAGCAGUUUUGAGAAUGAACACGAUCCACAACAGGAGAGCUAUCUGUCCCAGAGCAAUCACUUCCAUCGCGAAAGAAGGGAAAUGCAACGCCAAAUUAGCCGUAUCAGCCUGAAGUCUAAAACAGAAUCUGCUCACUGCACAUGCGCUGAGGAGAAGGCACUCUUGCAGAAAGUAAACGAAGAAGCAAAACGGGAGGAAGAAGCAAGAUUGCAAGCUCUGAUAGAAGAAGAGGAACUACGGAAAAGCCGCAUGUCAGUUUGGCAAAAAAUCGUUGUAUUUUUCGAUUUGGAUCUGCUGAAGGAUUUCACAUUCAUAAAUCUUGUUGUGGGCAUGACCAUAAUGACAUUCGGAGAAAUGAAUUUUGCCGUGUUGACUCCAUUUAUUCUCAACAGCUUUGGCUAUAGUGACACACAAAUCUCCAUAGCUAUGUCUGUACUGGCCGGCGUUGAUAUUUCGGUACGUUUUCUUGGUCCAUUUGCUCUGGAAAAGGUUAAAUUGGGCAAUCGUGCACUAUUUGCCAUUGGCAUUAUCGCUAUUUCGAUUGGUCGCUUUUUUGUGACAUUUACCGACUCCUACAACGUUGUCUUGGGCCUGUUUAUGUUGGUUGGCUUUGGCAAGGGAUUGCGUACUAUUUUCGCACCACUGAUUAUUCCCAGUUAUGUUCCACUGAAGAGAUUGCCAGCUGCAUCCGGUUUGCAGUUGAUAUUCAACUCAAUUGUAUCGUUUUCAUUGGGUCCAGUAUUAGGAACUAUUACCGAUCAGUAUGGCUACAGAAUCACAAUUCAUUUUAUAAACUUGUUAACCGGGACUACAUUACUUUUCUGGUUUAUUGAGUCAUUGGUUAGGCGAAUGCUAAAGAAGAAGUCCGCCACGGCGCCUAAACGCUAUCGCCAAAUAUUUGCUAAGUCUGAUGGCGUGCGCGGACCUCUCAACAACUCGAAUCAAUAA